AUGGCAAUGCUUACGAUCCAAUGCGACGUUCCGAGAAAGCCAUUUUUCCUUGAACCGUUUGCACGCAGAGAAGCCGACAACCUUGAGCGUUUGAUGGUUAGGGGGAAAAUAGAGGGUAAAAGACCUAGAGGCCGUAAUCCUAACCAGAAUGGCCUACCGGACCCGGCGAUUGCAGGCGGGCGAAAUCACACCGGGAAUUGCAACUGCAUCGCAAUCGCGCUACGAAUGAGUAAAACAAGGCCGCCCUCAACCCCUUUGGGCGGAAUCCCUCCGCAGCCUCCCCACGCCACACCCUUCGAAAUA